CAGCCCAUGACCUGCGUUAGUUCCUGGCUGUUGGAAAAUGAAGCUACACGCUAUUCCCAGCUCCGGGCAUGAAACUGGGAGAAACCCUUAGCAAGGUUGGCCCUUGAGAAUUGUGUUUGGGAUGGAUCAGUGAUGUGCUGGAAGAAAAGGGGGGACAAAAACCCCAUGUGGUAGCCCUGCUGUUGGUAUCCCGGCUCCAUGCCGGCCUGGCCAGCUGGGGAAACUGAGGCUCGGUGAUCCAGAGGGAGGCAGUGACUUGGCAAAGGUCAUGCCGUGAGUCAGCAGCACGUUGGGAAUGGGACCCAACACCACGGCUGCCGGCACUGGCACUCGCCCCGAGACCCCCACCCGCAUCCUCCUCGGCUCCUUGGAGGCUUCCUCCAGGAAUUUAUGGCUGCUCUGCCUGGAGCUGAGGGGGAUGUUAUUUUUAGAUGCUAUAAAAAGCAGCCGGAGUCGCUUUCGCUCUAUUCCCACUUGGCGCCUCGGGAAUAUUCAUGCUCGGCGAAGCGGCACCUGCCAGCGAGGUCCAGGCACCGGCUGCUCACGGACCCUCAUGAUUGACGAGAUGCCAGAAGCUGCAGUAAAAUCCCCCUCCAAUAAAUACCAAGUCUUCUUCUUCGGGACCCACGAAACGGCAUUCCUGGGGCCCAAAGACCUCUUCCCCUAUGAGGAAUGCAAGGAGAAGUUCGGGAAACCAAACAAACGGAAAGGAUUCAGCGAAGGUUUGUGGGAGAUUGAGAACAACCCCACUGUCAAAGCCUCCGGCUACCAGCCCACCCAGAAGAAGACCUGUCCUGGGGACACCGAACCAGAGCGGGAGCCGGAGGGUGAUGGGGAGAAGAAGGGCAACGCAGAGGGCAGCAGCGACGAGGAGGGGAAGCUGGUGAUCGACGAGCAGUCCAAGGAGAAGAACGAGAAAGCUGGGAUCAAGAGGAAAGCGGAAGACGCUUUGGAGGACUCCCCCAAACACAUCAAGGAAGCCGAGGGGCAGGAAGGGGAGAAGAAAGUAGACAACGAAGAAGCCCCCAAGGAGGAGCUGAAACCCAACCCGGCGGAAGGAGAGAAGAACAGUGAUGCCGCCGGCGUGCCGGACACCAACGAAGCCAAGCAGGAGGUCAGAGACCACAAGGAGAGCCUGUAGCGGCCUCUCCGGUGAGCUGAUCUUCCCAUCUGCCCCUUCCCCGUUGGGCUCCCUGGGUGCUGUCGCCCUGUCUCGCCCUCGUCGGCUCAGUCGCAUCCGUGGCUCCGGACAAGAGAAACAAACAGAAAAUUUAAUUUCAAAACAAAAAACAAAAAAAAAAAAAGAAAACAUAAAGAGAAGAGAAAGAAAAAAUGAAGAGAAACCCCGGUUACGUGAACCGCAUCUCCCGCCCUGCCGCCGCGGGCGCAUGCUUUGUAUUAGUGAUUUCUAGGGGGC